AUGGAUUUUCGAUUUAAUUUUUCUAUUGAUGAAAAUGAGAUCAAUGAACCAGACACUCACGAUAAGACGGACUCACAGCUGCGCUCUCCAAAACACAAGCAGGAAUCCACGGAAAACAGCAAGGAAGCUGCUGAUGCUGUCGCAGACUCCAGCCCAAGGCCGGGUACUGAUAAGCACCAAGAUGAGGCACCAUCAAAGAAAAAGUUCUGCUGUAAAGCUGCCAGGGAGCACGAGGUACCUGAAGAUCUCAACAAAGUAUUAGAAAAUAAAGUAAUGGAAACAGUGUCAGACCUGUAUUACGUGAAGGUGUCUGUCGUGGAAAUGAUGUGUUUGGAUGGCACCGAUGAGGAAGGCAUCGUGUCUAAAAGUGUUUCUUCUCACUCCGAUCUCAUCCCAGGAGUCUAUGAGGGAGGACUGAAAAUCUGGGAAUGCACCUUUGACCUCAUUGACUACUUUUCCGAGGCAGAGAUAGAGUUUACCAACAAGACUGUACUGGAUCUCGGCUGCGGGGCUGGACUGCUGGGAAUAGUUGCAUUGAAGGGAAAAGCUGAAAAAGUCCAUUUUCAGGACUACAACAGCACAGUGAUCGACGAAGUCACCUUGCCCAACGCAGUGGCUAACUGUAUCGAUGAAAGGAACAGGAUGGGUGGUGGAGAUGACACAACAACUGGCAAGCCUCCUUUGAAGAGGCCCAAGAACGCAGAGCGCUCACCUGCUGUGCUGAACAAGUGCAGAUUUUUUUCUGGAGAGUGGUCUGAAGUCAGCCAGCUCCUGCUGAGCAGCAACAAACCCUUUUCAAAGUAUGACAUGAUUCUCUCAUCUGAGACCAUCUACAAUCCUGACUGCUACAGCGCUUUGCAUGACACACUGGCUCAGCUCUUGGACACAAACGGCCACGUGUAUCUGGCAAGCAAAGCACAUUAUUUUGGGGUUGGUGGUGGUAUCUACCUCUUUGAGAAAUUCAUUGAGGAGAGAAAUGUGUUUAAGAGCAGCAUAGUUAAAAUAAUUGAUAAAGGACUGCAGCGAUGUAUUAUGGAAAUGGCCUUUAAAGAUCACAGUUAA